GACCCACCGGGCCACCACCACCCUGAAAGCAGCUGAAAACCAUAAACUUCUCUUGACCGUCAUUCAACCCUAGAGAAUCCUUACCCUCGGUCAUCCUCGCCGAUACCCUCUUAAGCUUGCUCGUUUCAUCCACUUUAUCAUCGACAUGCCACCACCACCCCACAGGCGUCAGAAAUCGGUCAAGAAGGGCAUCCAAUUCACCUUGAUGGUGGUCGGCGCAUCAGGUUCUGGUCGCACCACUUUUGUCAACACCCUUGUAGAACAAAAGGGAUGGUUGAAUCAUUCUGAACCGGUUGAUGCCGCCAAUGCCCAUGAGCCACAGCCAUUCAUCAAAGUCCAAAAGCAGACUAUCGAAUUAGAACAAGACGGUAUCCCCGUGCGGUUAACAGUCUGCGAUACACCUGGAUUCGGUGAUAACAUCGAUAACGAAUCGGCCUUCUCGACGAUCUCGGAUUAUUUGGAAAAACAAUGCCAUGAUAUCUUGGGCGAGGAAUCGCGAAUCAAACGAAACGCCAGGCUCGAAGAUAAUCGGGUCCACGCUUUACUUUAUUUCAUUCCUCCCACAGGUCACAGCUUGAGAGAAAUGGACAUCGAGUUAAUGAAGCGACUAUCCCCACUGGUGAACGUCAUUCCCGUUAUUGGUAAGGCUGACAGCCUUACUGUUAGCGAAUUAAAAGGGUUCAAGGAGCGGAUUAUGCAAGACAUCGAACACUACGACAUCCCCAUUUACAACUUCCCCUUUGACCCGGAAGAGGAUGACGAUGAAGUAAUUGCUGAAAACUCGGAGUUAAGAGCCUCAUUGCCAUUUGCACUUGUAGGGUCAGAGGAGGAAGUCGAAGUUGGCGGUGAAAUGAUCCGAGCGAGGAAGUACCCGUGGGGGAUCGUCGAGAUCGAUAACCCGGCUCACACUGAUUUCCUCAAGUUGAGGAACACUCUACUAUCGACUCAUUUGACUGAUCUCAAGGAGAUCACUGUUGAUUUCCUAUACGAGAACUACCGAGAGAAAGCUUUAAGUCGAGGCACUCCACAUGCAGCCGACGAGUCCAUACCACCUGAUGAUAUCGUCAAUCGAUCCUUCAAGCUCAAAGAGGAACAGUUAAGGAAAGAAGAAGAGAAGUUGAAGGAGAUCGAACUCCGCGUUCAACGUGAGAUCAGCGAGAAACGUCAAGAACUCUUGGCGAGAGAAGAAAGUCUUCGAAAUAUGGAGGCUCGUUUGGCACAAAGUGCUAACGAGAUUACUCCGAGAUAAACAACAUAUUGAGAUACCAUAUAAGCAGUCUUUACAUCGAUUGCUUUUAUUUCCAUGAAAAUUCACACGUUUCACUCCACUUCAUUUUUAUCAUCUUCUCGUUCUUCCCCCUUUCAAAGAUUAAAAUAUCCAAUUUACCAGCUAUUUAUUAUCAAAAUGGUACACAUUCUGCUUAGGUGACCUCACAAAUGAUUGUCUUGUAGAAUUCUUUCAGGAAAUGAUGGGUUGGCUUGUUCACUUUUUCUUCAAUUGUUGGAUCCCAAUACCCAUUGAUAGCUUGCUUGAAUUGUUUGUUCUUGGUCAUCCCUAUAUUUCGAGGCUUGUUUUCUAUUUAUUGAUCUAUUCUUCUUCUUCUGGUGUUUUGCACUUCUAAGUCGUUGGGAUCCAUGUCCUGGACUCAUUGUUAGGUUCAUGCCUUGAAAUCCAAUUAAAUUAUGGUAUAUAUACAUGCUACUGGAAACUGGACCAUUCAGUCUUU